CGGAGUGGCUGGCGGCUGGGGUGGCUGCGCGGGCGUCCCGUGGCCGCCCCGCCCCGCCCGGCGCGUUAAGUCGCUUCUCGCAGGCUCAGUGUCCACCCCGGCAGAACGGGCUGUCGGCCGCUCUGAGCUCUGUUCGCUGAUCCUGAUUGAGUCAGGGCUUACGUUACAACUCCGUGCACUCCAUAAAGCUGAGAUAUGCCCACUGUGGAGAGUGAAGCCAAACUGAAAACCAGAGUUCGCUUUGAGGAAUUGCUUAAGACCCACCAUGAUCUCAUACAUGAAAGAAAAAAACUGAAGAAAAAAACUGCCAAAUCUGGAGAAAAAAUUGCACUUGACACUGUUACAAGGAAUCGUCAGAAAAUUAAAGAAACUAAAAGUAAUGAUGUAAGUGCUAAUAACACUGAUAACCCAGAGAAGAUCAUGCCAGUCAGUAAAAACAAACUAAGGAAUCUCCAGUUGACCCCUGAAAAUCCAGAUGAUGUCAGUGCAGAGGAAGACAAGCAAGGAAAAGCGAGUAAUCAGGUAAAAACAGCACUUCAGAUGACCACACAAGGAAUGGAACUGGGAACUCUCAGGAAGAAGGUGGAUUCUAUGCAUCAGAAGGCACAAAUCAGGUCACAGCCAGGUGUUGCUCAGAACAGCUUUUCUUGUCAGAAAAGCAAGAAGGCAAAUGAAGAAAGAGAAAAUGAUAAUUUAGAUGAGGAACAAGAGCUGAUGCAAGUAUACCAACUUCAAGUAGCUGAAGAAAUGGCAAAGGAGAUUAAGAAGAAAAUAAGAAAGAAACUCAAAGAACAGUUGACUUACUUUCCUUCAGAUACUUCAUUGCAUGAUGGCAAUUUGAACAGUGAAAAACAAAUAAAGAAAAAAAAGAAAGUUCCAAUCUCAUCUAAAGCUGAGUCAAGUACAUUGACCAUCUCGGAUGACACAGUUGAAGGUGAACAAAAGAAGGAAUCUCCAGUUACAGCAGUUACUUCAGAUUCUCACCAAGAUGAUAAACUAAGCUCAGUGGAAGAAAAUGGAAAAGACAGCAUGCAGGAGGAGACAAAAUCCAAACCAAAAAAAAAGAAAAAGAAGGCCAAAACAGUUUCAGAUGAUAAAGAAGACAUUGAUGGUGAUGGUGUUCAUGAAGUUACAAACCGAGAUAGUCCUGUCUAUCCCAAAUGUUUGCUUGAUGAUGAUCUUGUCUUGGGAGUUUACAUUCACCGCACUGAUCGGCUUAAAUCUGAUUUUAUGAUUUCUCACCCGAUGGUAAAAAUUCAUGUGAUUGAUGAGAAUACUGGUCAAUAUGUCAAGAAACAUGAUAGUGAACGACCUGUUUCAUCUUACUAUGAAAAAGAGAGUGUGGAUUACAUUCUUCCUAUUAUGACUCAGCCAUAUGAUUUUAAACAGUUAAAAUCAAGACUUCCAGAGUGGGAAGAACAAAUUAUAUUUAAUGAAAACUUCCCCUAUUUGCUUCAAGAUUCUGAUGAGAACCCUAAGGUCAUCUUGUUUUUUGAGAUUCUUGAUUUCUUAAGCAUGGAUGAAAUUAGAAAUAACUCUGAAAUUCAAAACCAAGAAUGCGGCUUUCGGAAAAUUGCCUGGGCAUUUCUCAAGCUUCUCGGAGCCAAUGGGAAUGUAAACAUCAAUUCAAAACUUCGUUUGCAGCUGUAUUACCCACCUACUAAGACUCGAUCCCAGUUAAAUGUUGUUGAGGUUUUUGAAUGGUGGUCAAAACACCCAAGAAAUCGUUACCCUUCAACAUUGUAUGUGACUGUAAGAGGAUUGAAAGGUCCAGAAUGUAUAAAGCCAUCUUACUGUUCUGUGGUGGCUCUUCAGGAGGAAAAAGGUAAACCGGUACACUGUGAACGAUACAACGAGACCAGUUCAUUAGAUGCAGAACCUGGACUAGAAGAUUCCAAGGAAGUGGUGAAGUGGAAACGACUACCUGGGCAGGCUUGCCGUAUCCCAAACAAGCAUCUCUUCUCGCUAAAUGCAGGAGAACGAGGAUGUUUUUGUCUUGCUUUCUCUCACAACGGAAGAAUAUUAGCAGCGGCCUGUGCUAGCAGGGAUGGAUAUCCAAUUAUUUUAUACGAAAUUCCUUCUGGACGUUUCAUGAGAGAAUUGUGUGGCCAUCUCAAUAUCAUUUAUGAUCUUUGCUGGUCACAUGAUGAUCGCUAUAUCCUUACUGCCUCAUCUGAUGGCACUGCCAGGAUAUGGAAAAAUGAAGUAAAUAAUACCAAUACUUUCAGAGUUUUGCCUCACCCUUCUUUUGUUUACACGGCUAAAUUCCAUCCUGCUGCAAAGGAGCUGGUGGUUACAGGGUGCUAUGAUUCUGUGAUACGGGUAUGGAAAGUUGAUAUGAAAGAGGAUCCUGCCAUAUUGAUCCAACAGUUUGACACGCACAGGAGUUUCAUCAACUCUCUCUGUUUUGAUAUUGAAGGUCAUCACAUGUAUUCAGGAGAUUGCACAGGCGUGAUUGUUGUUUGGAAUACCUAUGUCAAAGUUAACAAUGGGCAACAUUCAGUGCGCCACUGGAGUGUAAAUAAGGAAAUUAAGGAAAGUGAGUUUAAGGGGAUUCCCAUAAGUUAUAUGGAGGUUCAUCCCAAUGGAAAACGAUUGUUAAUCCAUACCAAAGACAGUACUUUGAGAAUUAUGGAUCUCCGAAUAUUAGCAGCAAGGAAAUUUGUAGGUGCAGCAAAUUAUCGGGAAAAGAUUCAUAGUACUUUGACACCAUGUGGGACUUUUCUCUUUGCGGGAAGUGAAGAUGGCAUAGUAUAUGUUUGGAACCCAGAAACAGGAGAACAAGUUGCAGUGUAUUCUGACCUGCCAUUCAAAUCACCCAUUCGAGACAUUUCUUAUCACCCACUUGAAAAUAUGGUUGCAUUUUGUGCAUUUGGGCAGAAUGAGCCAAUUCUUCUGUAUAUUUAUGAUUUCCAUGUUGCCCAGCAAGAGAAUGAAAUGUUGAAACAUAGCAAUGGAACAUUUCCAUUACCUGGAAUACACCAAAGCCAAGAUGUUUCAUGCACCUGUCCUAAGCUGCCUCAUCAAGGCUCUUUUCAGAUAGAUGACUACGUCCACACUGACAAUUCUUCAAUGAAGAUGCAGCAAGUGAAACAGAGACUCAAUUCUGUCACAGAGGUGAUCCGAGCCUGUGCUGCAAAGGUCAACAAAAAUCUCUCGUUGACUUCAACGCCAGCCUCCUCACAGGCAUCUAAACUAAAGCAGUCAGACAUGCUGGCCACUCAUCAGAUUCUCCAUCAGUUUGGUUUCACUCAGACCGGGAUUAUCAACAUAGAAAGAAAGCCUUGUAACCAUCAUAUAGAUACAGCACCAACGGUAGUGGCUCUUUAUGACUACACAGCAAAUCGAUCAGAUGAACUAAGCAUCCAUCGCGGAGACAUUAUCCGAGUGUUUUUCAAAGAUAAUGAGGACUGGUGGUAUGGCAGCAAAGGAAAGGGACAGGAGGGUUAUUUCCCAGCUAAUCAUGUGGCUAGUGAAACACUGUAUCAAGAACUGCCUCCAGAGAUAAAGGAGCGAUCCCCUCCUUUAACCCCAAAGGAGAACACCAAACUGGAAAAACCUUCUCCAGCGCUUCAAAAGCGGUCGGUCAGUAAGGACAAGUCCCGGGGUUUCAGGCCGGGCUCAGGGUCUGUGACACAUUCUGAAGUGGGCAAAGAGCAGAGCCGUGAGGACCGAGAACACAUAAUGGAUAUGCAGGGAAAGAAGAAUGAGCAAACCAGUCAAAAAGUCACCCUAAUAGAGAAAAGAAUUGAAGAAGAAUGAUGAGACAACGAAAUACACAGAAAUGAAAUGACAAAUUAAACCAAACAGAAUUUCUCUUCAGAGUGAAGAACUUCCAGAUACUAAGGAAGGAAGGAGGGACCCGCUACUUUUUGUCCUUAUGAAAGAAUCUAGAAAAAUCAGAAGUGAGGUCUGAGUAGAAAAAUAAAUGUGGCCUUUUGACCUUCAUUAUUUUUAAA